AUGGCUUCCUCGAGCAUACUUUCUUCUUCCACCGCGUCUAAGAGUGUUGAUGUUGACGUAGACACUCCCCCCAAGCGUUACCCUAAGGACGGGGUGGAAAAAAAACCGCAACAACCCGAUCACCAUAUUUAUAGGCAUUUUUGGAGGUUCGAUGAUCCCGGCAAGAAGGGGCAGCAGUGCGAGUGCCUGUGGUGCGGAAAGACGUUCGCUUUUAGUAGUAGCCGAUGCACUCAGCAUCUCGCCGUUUGGAGUGAUGCGAACGUGCGGCGCGAUGGCGGAGCUGUGUGCGCGGAUGUUCCUAAGCGCGUUUCCGACGCCAUUCGCAACUCGAAGGACGCGAAGAUGACGGCGUGUAAGGAUAAGGAGAGGGCUUUGGAGGAGGCGCUCACGUCAGUGGGCGGCCAAGGCGGAGCGGGUCCGAAGCCAAAGAAGGGGCGGAUGGAGGAUUGGUACGGCGAGGGGGGGAUGUCGGCGAAGCGUGUGGCAGACGAUGCGAUUUGCCUCUUCAUCGCGGGGACGCGCACGGCGGAGCGCGUUUGCGAGCACCCCCUCUUCCUCAACAUGCUGCGCGCCGUUAACGCCGCUGGUGGCGGCUACGUUCCGCCCAGGGCGCGCUACGUCGGAGGCGCCGGGUUGCUGGCGUGCAAGCAGCAAAUUGAGAAGGGUUUGUCGCCCAUUACGAAGUCGUGGAAGGAGACCAGCGUGACGAUCGCCAGCGAUAUGAUGAAGGACAAGAGCGGGCGCGCGCAGCUGAACGUCGUCUUCAUCAACGCCAGUGGAGCGGUUUUCCAGGAGGCGUUCGACUGUAAGGCGGAGACAAAGACUGGUACGUUCAUCGUGAGCGUCCUGCAGCCGCUGAUUGAGAAGCUUGGACCGGAGCACGUCGUCGCGAUUUGCACGGACGGCGGCAGCAACUACGUGUCCGCUGGCAAGCUGCUGCAGAAGAAGUACCCGCACAUGGAGUUCGUCCCCUGCGCCACUCACGUGCUCGACCUGCUGUUGGAGGACUUUGGCGGCAUGGAUUGGGCGCAGGAGGUUGUGUCAGUUACCACCGACAUGAUCACGUUCCUGCGCAGCCACACUUGGACGCGUGCCUUCCUCCGGUGUCCCAAGCUGCACGGCGAGAAGAAGUCGCUGCAGCCGCUGCGACCGGCGGGCACACGCUUUGGGACGCAGUACAUUGCGGUUUCACGCCUGCGGGAGAUUCGCCAGCACCUGGUGUCGAUGGCGACGCACAAGGACUGGGCCGAGAAGGGGAGGAAGCAGCAGACUGGAGCUACUUUUGAGAAGGUGGUGAUGGAUGUGGAGUGGUGGGGCAAGGUGGACACCUUCGUGAAGGUGAUGGAGCUGCCGUACAAGUUGAUGAGGAAGACGGAUGGGCCAGCAAAGGGGAUGAUGGGGGCAUUGUACGACAUGAUGCUGCAGCUGACGGUGGACCUGAAGGAGCUAUUGGCAAGGGCGGAUUGUAAGCUUGAGGAGUCGGAGAAGGAGGCGUUGAUGGAGCAUUUGAGGAGGCGAUAG